ACACACACACACACACACACACACACACCUAUUCCCCCACUCCAACACGCACACCCAAACACACUAAUCUUAAAUUGACAAUAUUCACAGUUUCACACUCGUGGUGACAACAAACGUACACGUCUUUUUAAGCAGAGGCCAGAGUCGAGAGAGGAACACGUGAGCACUGACAGGAGCCUCGGAAGGGGCAAAGCAUGUACGAGUAAGAGUAACACACCAGUUCGUCACUGAGAGAGCAGCGGGUGAGGACGAAGAGAAGUGUAUGUAUCCUUGGCACCUCAGCAUGGAGGGAGACACUCUAGGUCUCUGAUGCGUACCAAACUUCAAACCAAACUUCAGGCUCGGUCACUCUGAAGCGAGGCGUUGUGUUGGGUGACUGGUUCAGGCUGUGCAGGUGGUGUGUUAAGGUCUACUGAAGAAGUGGGAAAUUCAGGAGAUGGUGGCCGCCGUCAGGGAGGUGCUGGGAAGCGAGGUGCUGCAGGGAACCGGAGAGCUGGGCGGGGGACUCAUCAGCGAGGGCGAGGUGUUCCUGACGGACGUAGGGAAGGUGUUUAUCAAGUGGAACAGGAAGGAGAAGGCGCUGGACAUGUACAAGGGGGAAACGGCGGGUCUGCAGCAACUCGGGGCUAGCGGCGUGGUGCGGGUGCCGGAACCUCUCGCCGCGGUGGAACUUCCCGGGGGCGGCGCGGCGCUGGUUCUAGAGUACCUGCCCAUGAAGGAUCUGCGCCACCACUCCCUCAACCUCGCCCGCCAGCUGGCCAGGCUGCAUCUCCAGAACCCCCUGGCCACCACUCACCCGGGCGGCAGUCGCGUGAGGCACGGGGACGCGCGCUCCACCUUCGUGCCUCACUUCGGAUUCCACUCCCCCACGCCCUGCGGCUACAUCCUGCAGGACAACACCUGGUGCGACGACUGGCAGGUGCAUCCUGUAGGGAAAGAGAGACAAACAUUUUUUAGCAGAAAGCUUCAGCAACAGAUUGCCAUGAUCGAGACAGAGUACGGGGAUCGCGAGGUGCUGGAGUUGUGGUCGAGACUUCAGACACAAAUGCCUCGCUUCUUCGCGGGCGUGGAGGUGCUUCCCUCGCUCUUGCACGGCGACCUAUGGAUGGGAAACUCGGCAGAGACUCAGCAAGGGCCAGUCCUCUUUGAUCCUGGAGUUUUUUAUGGCCACCACGAGUACGAUAGCGCCGUGUCGGCCCUCGUCCCGCCUGGCUUCGGAGAGAGUUUCUGGGCCGAGUACCACGCCGCUGUGCCCAAAGCUCCUGGCUGGGCGACGAGGCAGAAGCUGUACAGGCUGUUCCACAAAUUCAACCAGUGGAACCAUUUCGGCCGUCAGUAUCGGACAGGUUGCGUUAAGCUGAUGAAGGAAUUGUGUGGAUGAGGCACCAACACUACGAUCAACACGAGAUAGGGCGAGACUCAAAGAAUCAACAGAAACCUCAACAAAUAAGUCAACUGAAGCUCAACAUGUGACAGAAAACAUUCAACAGAAGCUCCAGUGGAAAAUUGAACUCAGAGCUUGCUACGAGACUCAAUAUUAAGGUCAACGAGAAGACAAAUACUCACCACAAGGCUCAACACAAGACAGGCGAGACUCAAAGGGUCAACAGAAGUUCAACAAAGGAGACGCAGUGCUUACUAGGAAACUCAUUAUGAAGGUCAACUCCAACACUUAAUUGCAAAGGCGAAAGUUAAAGGGUCAAUAGAAGCUCAACAAAGGACAGUGAGCACUCAACAGGAUGUCCAGUAGGAUGCUUAACUUGAGGGUCAACCCGAAGACCAACAGUGACCAAUCCCAUAUAUGGCAGCAUAUUUGGUAGCACACUUUGGUGAUAGUCAAGAGGCACAGUUUGUGAGUCCCUGCUCCAGAAAAACCUACCGUGUUGGGAAUCGAACCCCGGACUCGAUCAUUUAAGCCCAGAAGGUUAUCGGUUAAACAAUAGGUGCACUCAUUACUUAAGCAGGUAUGUGGAGCUUCUGUAUUUGAGUUACUACAGUACUGAGGGAACAAAAGCUGGUAUGGGAUUGCAGUACUGGGCCGCCCCUAAGCAAGUGUAAAAGAGACUUAUUGACUGAUGGUCUGCAUUCUUUGGCUCAGUGUCUUCCAGUUCCCACGUUCAUAGGUUUAAUAGAUAUAACACUGCAUUAGUUCAAAAUAAAAAAAAAAUAAAAAUUAUUAUUAUUA